AUGCAGAACAAUCGAAACGCAGCAGAAUCUUGCACGGUUGACACGAUGAGAGUUUCCAAUAGUCUUUGUUUGUGGCUAAUCUGUUUUCACCUUCCUAGUUUUUUACAAGGUGCUGUGACUGAGAGAAAGAGUCCUAGCAUUCGCCAUGGGAAAGUGAAUAAGGGAACAGUCCAUGUCUUUGUGCUUGCUGGACAAUCCAACAUGGAAGGUCACGGGGACGUUGAUGCCAGGGAUCACAAAACCAACACACCAAAGAAUGGAACCCUAUUGUAUCAGCUCCAUGAUCCAAGGACUCGGGGAGAAUUCAAGAAAUUAUGGGAUGACAAGGCAGACACUUGGAGAAAUUUGACAGAUGUCAAGGUUUGGUUCAAUGAAUUUGGAAUCGAGCAUGGCGUCAAUGGAUCCACCAUUCCUGGAAUAAACCGAAAGGAUUAUUUGGCUGGAGACUUGUCUACUGGGUAUGGAGCUGGUGGAAAUGCUCAUGCGAUUGGUCCUGAACUGGGAUUUGGAUUCAAUCUCAAGCUUCCAAAAGGCGACAAGGCUCUGAUUAUCAAGACUGCAUGGGGAGGCACAGAACUGGCCUCAAAUUGGCGUCCUCCCUUGUCGACUACUACUUUUGACCCCUACUGUGUGUUGCCAAAAUGCAAUCCAUACCAAGUUGGACAUCUGUAUCAGGUCAUGAUUGAAGAUGUAGAAAGGCUGCUAAAGCCGGGUGUACUAGGCAAGAUUUACCCAGAUCUGGAGGGUAUGACUCCUGAUAUUGCUGGAUUUGGAUGGUUUCAGGGGUGGAAUGAUGGUUGCAAUGUGAACGCUACAGCGGCAUAUGAGACAAAUAUGGUCCAUAUGAUUCAAGAUUUGAGGCGUGCCUGGAAGAAACCAAAGUUACCGGCGAGCAUUGCAAUUUCAGGAUUUGGAGGGUGGUUGAUUCAAGGGCAGGGAAGGACCCCUCCUGACUGUUGGGAUGGACCAAAUGCUACCAAGAUCCAUUGUCACUGUGACGGAGAUCGAGAUUGUCGAAGAAUAGAUAUUAUGCUUUCACAAAUUGCGGCCGCAAAUUUGACAAGGCAUCCAGAAUUGGAAUGUUGUGUGGAAGCGGUGGAAACCCGCAAUUUCUAUCGUCCUCCAGAGUAUUCUCCUUCGGGACAAGGUUUUCACUUUAAUCACAAUUCGGAGACUUAUUAUCUGAUUGGAAAGGCAAUGGCAGAGAGUAUGCAUAAUAUGAUGUGGAGUAUCGAUGGCGACGUUCCUGGUGGACAUGACCAGCGUAAGAUUGUUGUGCCGUCGUCAUCCUCAUCAGCUUCGUCGAUAGAAGAGCGUGAAGCCUUUACCCUCGACUUGGACUCUAAUUACCGAAGGAUCGAAGAAAAUUAG